AUGAGCUUCCAGCAACUAGAGGAUUGGGUGGCAGCAGAGUGCGGGGAGGAGCACAGGAGGCGGGCGAAAGUCCUCUGGAAGUGGCUGUAUCGAGAUGCACACUGGGCUGAGAGCACUGAUGACAUGGCAGGGGUCAGUCGUUCGUUCCUCUCCCUCCUCGCCUCCUCGGGUGCUCGCUUCUCCUCCCUGCGCCUACACUCCGUUCGAACGGCAGCUGACGGCACAAAGAAGGUGCUCUUUGAGCUGAGUCGUGAUGCUGACCUGCCUCCUUCUGACCGUCCCCGGCGACUAGGCGUGGUUGAGACGGUGUUGAUUCCCCACCGGCCGGGGAGGGGAGGAGGAGAGGGUGGGGUGGAGGAAGAGGAAGAGGAGGGGAGUGGUAGUGAGGAGGAGGCAGAGGGGGGUGGUAUGAGCAGGACUGAUGGCACUGAGGCUAGCGGGAGCAGCAGGGGCAGCAGAAGCAGCAGUAGCAGCAGGAGAAGGAGUAAAGGGGGCCGGAACACUGUGUGUGUGUCGACGCAGCUGGGCUGUGCCAUGGGGUGCCAGUUCUGCUUCACAGCCAAGAUGGGCCAACAGCGCAAUCUAACAGCAGGGGAGAUCGUGGAUCAGGUGGUUCAGAUUCGACGUCUCUUCACAGAGGAAGUGGGCCCUGUCACGAACCUCGUCUUCAUGGGUAUGGGCGAGCCCCUACACAACCUCCCUGCCGUCUUAACAGCAUGUAACACCCUUCUGGAUCCUUUAGGCGCCCACUGCUCACCAGCUCGCACCACCGUUUCCACGUGUGGGCUGGUUCCUGAGAUGCACGAGUUCUGCUCGCACUCAGACGCCAGCCUCGCUCUCAGCCUGCACGCCACCACUGACGAGGUGCGCAGCAGCAUCAUGCCAAUCAACAAGAAGCACAACCUCAGCAGCCUAUUCGCCUGCCUGAGUGAACUCUUUCCAUCCCCAGCGGGCCAGACGGCAGGGAGAGCGGAAGGGGGAGGUGAUAUGAGGGACGGCUGCAACGGGGAGGAGGGGAUGCGAUUGCCGCAGCAGUCUAGCAAGCGCCAUGUGUUCAUUGAAUACCUGAUGCUGGAUGGGGUCAACGACAGUUUGGAGGAUGCACGUCGGCUGGUAACCCUAACAGCUGGCAUCGCCUGCAAAAUCAACCUGAUAGUCUUCAACCCGCACCCAGGAACUGCACUGCAGCCAUCCCCACUCCCCCGCGUGCUAGCCUUCCAGCAUGAGCUCGUGCAAGGGGGCAGAAAAGCGUAUCUGCGGCACAGCCGGGGGGACGAUGAGAUGGCAGCGUGUGGGCAGCUGGGACAGGUGCCGAGACUAACCGAGGACAGAGCAGCAGCUGUGGCAUGGAGUCGUUAG